UAAGCGUUUUACUACGCAAAAAGAGAAAUAAAUAUAGAAAUAAAUGAAAAUAAAUAAAUAAAUAAGGAUUCCAUUGCGUUGUUGUGUGCAGGUUAUCUCUUUUCUCUUUGCCUUUGCUAUUAACCUAAGAGCCAUUAGACUUUUCUUUAGAUCUAUCUUAAAGCUACUUGUCUCUUCUCCAAAGACGGAUAGCUUCAGGUUCCUUAGAGCAGCAACUAAGAAGAAGAAGAAGAUGAUGAUGAACAGCUGUGGACUCCAGCAAAACUCCGAGAUGAGGAGAGACACCGUUGUUUGCCCUAAACCACGCCGUGUCGGUGUACUCAACAACCAUCACCUUGCUCGAUCUCUUCGAUGGCAAGUCAGUCAGCAGAUGGAUCUACGCGAAUCGAAUUCACGAGGCAAGAUAUUGGAUUUCAUCCUCGCUAAUGGUAAUAGUUAUGAACAAGAUCCGAAGAUGACGUCAUCGCCGCCGCUGUUCUUUACAGGGUCGCCGCCGACUAGAGUUUCUAACCCUUUAACAAAAGACUUACUCUUUCGGGACGAGCUUCUCGUGGUGGCUCCUCCUCCGUCCACUCCACGAGCAACCAAGCCACCACCGCCGUCGUGUCCUACGGUUCGAGUGAGUACUAACUUCGGGAACAAUCCUACGGUUCGAGUCGUUGGAUUCAACUGCCUUGACAGGGACAGACGCAGCAGCGUUCCGACUCUUGCAUAAGAGUCUCCCAAAAACGCCGAAACGAGAGAUAAAUGCAAAUAUAUAACACAGAAGGGGUAAAAAGAAAUUUAAAAAGGUUUAGGAAAUGAUUAAUGAUGUGAUCAUGUUGGGUGUCUAUUUUGGUGGAAAAUAUGUAAAUGUCUUGAAAGAAGAGGGUAAUUUUUCAAGGGGCUGUUAUAUAAUUUUUGGUUUUGAGUGUCCAAUUUGGGAAUUUUUGUAAAGUAAAAAGGGAGAGAGAGAAGGGUUUGUGAGUGUUUGGUGUCUUUAGUGAAAAUAAGAGCAUCACUCUAUAACAAAAGGAAAGAGUUUUGAAAUGUGAAUAUAUCAUUACUCCA